AUGUUGAAGAAAGUGAUAGAUGUAAAGGAAGCCAAGGAGCAAAUAUUAUUCUCGUUCCCUAUGAUACUCACCAAUGUGUUCUACAAUCUAAUUCCAAUGAUUUCAGUCAUGUUUGCUGGUCAUUUCGGCGAGCUACCAUUGGCUGGCUCUACUCUUGCCAAUUCUUGGGCUACUGUCACUGGUUAUGCAUUUAUGCUUGGAUUAAGUGGUGCACUCGAGACAUUAUGUGGGCAAGGCUUUGGUUCAAGUUUGUACAAUAUGCUAGGGAUUUAUCUCCAAGCAUCAUGUAUGAUCUCGUUAGUUUUCUCUUUAAUUAUAUCCGUAAUAUGGUGGUUUACGGAACCCAUUUUAGAAUUACUCCAUCAAAGCCCUGUUAUUUCUAAAGAAUCAGCAAUCUAUAUAAGAUAUUUAAUACCGGGUAUAUUCGCAUUUGGCAUUCUACAAAACAUCAUAAGGUUCCUCCAAGCACAAUCUGCGGUUUUUCCCCUAGUUAUUUUAUCAAUUGUUCCGUUGCUCUUGCAUUGUGGCCUUAACUAUGUGUUGGUUCAUUUCACAACCCUUGGUUUUAAGGGACCGGCGGUGGCUACCUCCGCAUCGUUUUGGCUAUCGGUUAUAAUUCUGAUCACAUACGUGAGUUUUGCUAAUAAAUUCGAGCAUACAUGGAAAGGGCUAUCGACUGAAUCAUUUUUACAUGUCUUUUCUAACUUGAAACUGGCACUACCUUCUGCUGCUAUGGUAUGGUAGGUACACUUCUCCAAUUUACACCACAUUGUACUGUGAAUUACACUUAGAAAUCUAUAAUGUCUUAUUUUGGACGUUAUGUUUUACAGU